AUGAGUUUCACCGCUGUCAUUUCUUAUCCACCACCGAUUGAUGUUCCCCGGUCAUCAGAAUCGGUUGAGCACGAGAACAAUAACAUUCAAGAAGAUAAGGAAAACAAUGUUGCAAUGAAAACUCUUGUGACAUCGACAAAAAUUGAUCUCUUAGGGCUUGGAGACGAUAAGGUGGUGAAAGGCGGUGCUACUGACAUACUGGUGGGAGGAAAAUCUAAUGAGGUGGUGCAUAUUUCGCCUGAUCAGAGCGGAGUUCACGAGAAUCCCAAUGAAAUAGUCUACAAUUUUCCUCCAAAUUUAUCAGCUUUAAACAUAAACGGACGAAUGAGAUUUGAACUCGUGACAUUGAGAGAGAAUGGACGGUUACAGAUAUUCAUGGUACCAUACCACUGUUCGCAGCUGGUAAGGAGUCCUCUGAGAAACGGUCGAGUGACGAUGUGGCUUCUGAAAGAUGCACAUAUGGAUUUGGUAUGA